CGACUGACCCCACUGCGCUGCAUCUUCUAUCACCUUGAGCGUCUGAAAGCGCCCAGCACCAUGACUAACAGCGAAGAUGAUGAAUGGGAGUACGAGUACGAUGAGACGGAAACGGAGGACUUUUAUAUUCCCUUGGAUCUUUCCAACGUUCCAGCAGCUCAAAUCCCUAUGGUGUCGCAAAGUAGGCCGGGGCAUCCAACUUUGCUCAAAAGCCGACUGCGCGCGCUGAACGCAGCUCGAGGUCAGCCGGUCGAGGUUGCAGCCGGUGCAAACGCCAGACAAGAAACGGCAAACAUGGGCGAAGUGCAAGUGAUCGGAUUGCACACGCCGAAUCCACUGGUCAUGUAUAACGGUCAGUUGUUGAGUUGCCAUUGGACCUCGACUAUCGGAACCGACAUGUUCUUCGUGAAACCGGAUGCGGACACGACCCAGCCAUUACGAUCUUUGCCAUCGGUCGACUUGCUAUCUCUGGGGUCUGCAAAAUUGGUUGCAAAAGUUGGACGACUGCGGCCGCGCGAUGAUGUCAACCACGCUGAUGAUGCCCAAGAGCCGACUGAAUCUAUGCAAGGUGCGGGUGAUGGUUCAAGUCGGGCCGCUGCGACUUCUGGUGAAAGUGAAGGACAACAAUCCGGUGGCGAGGCCAAGCCAACGUCGACAAACUUUCUCGCAAGACUAAACGAGGCAAAAUUGAAGAGAGGGGAGAAGUCGCAAUUGGCAAUCUCCAAAACAUCCGAUGGGUCCCGUCUAGUUGUGGAGAAAGCAAAUGUUGUGACCGGAGCCCCGUCGCAAGAAAACGACGAUACGGUUAUGGGAGGCGUAUGAGAAAUACGGAGCAGAGCGAGCAAACCUGGGGAAUCGUGCGACAUAUCGGCUCCUCGCUGAAAGAAGGGGACAUUUGCCACAACCAGUCAAAGGUGCUCCCUGAAAUCACUGAGUAGCGAAGUAGCUGAGAUUGACGUUUGCAGCCUGACUGAAAGUAGCAAAAUGCUUGUUACGUGAAUGACGCGGGAGGGUAACAUCAUUGGGAACGAGCCCUUGAGCAGAUCACUGCGGGGCUUUGAUGUAUUGCGGCUUCCUCCCGCCUCCGAAAGCCAGGGUCUUUGUCCUGGCAAGGCCAACCCUAGACAUCUGCAUUUGGGAUGUAUGAUCAGACAGUUUCUGCGAAAAUGCGCUGUAGACACUGAAUCGCUCGCCUGUUAUCCUGAUAUCUCAUUCAAAAUUCAUCCCUGAACUAUCCCCUAUAGUCUUCCCCCAC